AAUUAGACGUCUAAAAUGUCAACUGUCAACUGCCAAAAUAAGUUGUCUCGACGGAAAACUAUUUAUAAUUAAAUAUUAAGUUUUACUACCCUUUUGGAGUUAUUUCCAAAAGGGAUUAGAAAACCAAAUACCACUAAGACGAUAGCAAGAUGUUUAACUUAAAUAUUUUUAGACAAUUUUCACGAUUAACAAUUUCAUCGGCAACAAAAAUACCAAUUAAUACGAGAAAUAUUUCUGCUUCAGCAGUUUUACAAUUUAAGAUAACGGAUCAGUUAUGGGCAGAACCUUUGAAGAAAAAGAAAAAGUUGGAUCCAGCUAUUGUUAAAGCCCGUGAGGAAAGAAGGCGCAAAAGAUUGGAAAAACAAAUUCGCAGAUUAGAAAAAAAUGCGAGGCAACUGAAACCUAUUGAGGAGAUAGAGCCUCCCUUGUAUCUUUUAGAUGAAAUGAAAAAACGUAAGAGGCCUGUUGUAAACAUACUGCAAGAAGAGCAAGAGGCACGUGCAUUACUUCUUAAAGAUUGGACUCGGUAUAAGAAACAAGAAUAUAUAUUUAAUGUUAAUCAGAUAGACAGAAUAAUGGCAGCACAGCGACGAGCAUUAGACAUGCUUUAUGAAGAGUCGGAGGAGUUGUAUAAUGAAGCUAUCAUGCCUGACUUACAACUUAUCCCGUAUUCGAUCAGUGGGACAUACGCAACGCCACCAAUUAAAAACUAUGAUUCACCGGAUGGUGAAUACUUCGAUGUGUCCAAGAAAUGGGGUCACAAAUAAUAAGGAAUAUAUAUUAUAUUAAAUUAGACUAAAACCUAUUGUUAGUGUUAAUAAAUAUAUAAUUAUCAAUAAAGUAUUUAAUUUGAAA